CACCUCCCUCUCUCUCCCCACCAUAACUCUCUCUGUUCUUCUUCCUCUGUUUUUCCUUCUCCCAAAAUUCCCCCUUUCCUAAUUUCCUCCGACUUGGGUCUCUCAAGCUUUCAAUCUUUCCGCAAAAGAUUUCCGUUUUUUGUGUUCUUGAAGCUCCCAAUUUGGAAAAACCACAAAUAUUUUAAUUCAAACAAGAAAAAACAGAGUCGUUGUUCUUGUAAUUCCGAUGACGAACCAGAAUGUAGUAGUUUCCGAUUCCAAAUCCGGCAUCAACAUGUCCAUCACCGUCGCCGUCUCCAACUCCUCCAUUUUCGCCACCACUGCUCAGAAACCGCCACCAGCUCCCGGCGGCUACAUCUCCAUUUCCCGUAAAAAAAUCCUCAAGGACCUUGAUGUUAAUGGCGGUUGGAUUGAAUCAAUGAGAGCUUCUUCUCCAACCCAUGUUAAAUCUCUUCCCCCCGCCACGGCCGCCGCCGAAGACGGUGCCGACGACCACCAUAACUCUUGGAUUCUUCAUCAUCCUUCCGCCCUGGAUAUGUUCGAUCUGAUUAUUCAAUCUUCGAAAGGGAAACAAAUUGUGAUGUUUUUGGAUUACGAUGGAACUCUUUCUCCGAUUGUUGCGGACCCCGACAAGGCUUUCAUGUCGGAAGCUAUGAGGAAGACAGUGAAAAAGCUUGCCAGAUGCUUUCCGACCGCCAUCGUCAGUGGCAGAUGCAGAGACAAGGUGUACGGAUUCAUUAGACUGGGGGAGCUUUACUACGCCGGCAGCCAUGGCAUGGACAUUAAAGGCCCAACUAAAACCUCCAAACUCAAGAAAGCUGUUAAUCAAGGCCUUCUGUUCCAACCUGCGAGCGAGUUUCUCCCGAUGAUUGACGACGUUUAUGAACAGCUGGUAGAGAAAAUGAAAUCAACUCCAGGGGCCAAAGUGGAGAACAACAAGUUCUGUAUCUCAGUGCAUUUUCGCUGUGUUGAUGAAAAGGAAUGGAAUAAUUUGGCCCAUGAAGUUAAAUCAGUGGUUAAAGAAUACCCAAAGCUCCGACUAACCCAAGGAAGAAAGGUUCUAGAAAUCCGUCCUACCAUCAAGUGGGACAAAGGGAAGGCCCUCGAGUUUUUGUUAGAGUCGCUAGGGUAUGCAAACUGUUCUGACGUGUUUCCUAUUUAUAUUGGAGAUGACCGUACAGACGAAGAUGCAUUUAAGGUUCUAAGGGAAAGAGAGCAGGGGUUCGGAAUUCUUGUAUCGAAAAUUCCUAAAGACACCCACGCUUCGUAUUCUUUGCAAGAACCUUCCGAGGUUAUGCACUUUUUGCAACGUUUGGUGCAAUGGAAGCGACCAUCUUUAUUAAGAAGACAUUGCAGGGUUUGAGAAGUAGAGAGAGAAAGAGUGGGAAUUCAGUACAUGUUGUAAUUUCCUUUUUCUCUAGGGGUUAGUAGUUAAAAAGAAAAAAGUAGAAGGGUCAAUGGGAAAACAAAAAUUGUAACUUUUUCCUUCACCUCGGUUCCCUUCUACUUACACAUAUCUGUAAACUAACUGUGUUUUAAGACCACAAAUAGUAUGGUAACUUACCCAUCUUUAUCUCUCAA